CUCCGCUCGAAGCAUUUCGUUCCGGUGUUUUUCGUUUGUAGUUGAGGAAGAACUGUUAGGAUAUUAAACGAAAAUGGCCAUUUUUAAUGACAGGUUACCGGAUAAUCCUAAUUUAGAUAUUCGCUAUGGCUAUUCCAUGAUGAUAUCGACCAUACUUUUCUUUUUUAUUGUCAACUUGGUGAUCAGUUUCGUCGGUGCACCCAAAUCUGUUCAAGAAGAUGCGUGGAAAUGGAGAAAUUUACUAGUUUCGUGGGUGCAUGCCUUGAUAUGCUCUGUGUGGGAUCUAAGCAGUUUCAUCCUGUACCCGGAGAUGUUCGAGGACCUGCUGGUCUAUAGCAACUACUACCAGUACUACCUGGUGGCCUUCUCCACAGGUUACUUCACAUACGACUUCUUGGACAUGAUCUACAACAACAAGAUCUUCAAGAUGUGGGAGGUCACACUUCACCAUUUAGCUGUGAUCUCUAUGUUCUGGUAUAACAUGCAUCACCGGGUGGCUAUAGCCUUCAACAUGGUGGCGCUGCUGGCUGAAGUCAACUCAUUCUGGCUGCACUCCAGGAAGCUGCUGCAGAUGAUCCAAAUGAAAUUUGAACACUGGUUCUACAAAGUCGUUGCCUUCAUGAACCUCGUAACAUUUGCCAUAUUCCGAGGAGCGGCUCUGGUGUCCAUUACCGUGGCGAUGUGCUUCUGGUACCAGCGGGUGACUGCUCUUUAUUACUUCAGCUUGGGGUCGGCCAUGUUCGUCAUGAAUGUUAUAAACCCCAUUCUCUUCUGGAGGCUUCUGAAGAGCGAUUUUCUACGGAAAAGGCGGACGGAUCAUAAAGCGGAAAAAUUUGCUGUCAACGGCCAUGGGAAUAACAAUGUGAAGGUCAUGCAUGAACAUGUGAACUGAUGGUUGCAAAUGCAGUAUUUUAAUAUCGUAAUGUUUGUAUGAUAUUCAUGUGUCAAAAUGGACUAUUUUCUAUUUCAUGAUAUUUUUUUUUUACCAUUGUGAAUUGCACGUCUGGUUUUUAUCUCAUGUGCCAUGAUGUGCCAUGAUGUGCCCAGGAGUCGAUGAAGGCAAGGGUCAUGAGGUCCAUUAGUUUAAUGUUGGUAGUAAGGUGUUAGGGAGGUGUGAGGGAUUUCCUUUGCAUCUGAUGCUGUUAUAAAACUCCAGGGCUCAAGACCUCAUACAAAUGUGAACAACUAAGAAAUGAUUUGUGGUGCUAAUUCAUAGAACACAACCCACAAUUGUUUGUUUUUAAAACUUUUAGAGCUCUUCUGGUUUCAUUCAAGAAAAGGUAUUUUAAGUGAUAUU